AUUCUAGAAAGUUGUCCGUUCAGUUCAAAAUUAUAGAGAACUCUCUGCUAGAACAAACCUUUAUCUGACACAUGGGCUAUGCAACCAGUAAUGCACGAAAUGUGAGUUGAGAGUUGCAUAGCUUUUCUAACCUCAAAUUCUCUUAAUAUAUAUCCUUUUUAAUUUAAUUCUAUAGAAAAUGUUGAUAUGUAAAUUAAUUUCUAGACGACCCAAAGCAACUAGAAUAGCAUUUAACAAUUUGCCCCUGUAUGUUUCGCUGUUUCAAAGAAAAUUCUGCAAGAAAUCUGAUGAUGUUGAAGGGCUAGAAAAUAUACCGGUAGAGCGAAUCCGCAAUUUUAGUAUAAUAGCGCACGUAGACCAUGGCAAAAGUACCCUUGCUGAUAGACUGCUUGAACAUACAGGUGCUAUCAAAGCGGGAAGAGACAAGAGUAAUCAACAAGUUCUAGAUAAGUUACAAGUUGAGAGAGAGCGUGGCAUCACCGUCAAAGCGCAGACUGCUUCUUUAUUGUACACUUACAAUGGAGAAACAUAUCUACUCAAUCUCAUAGACACACCUGGACAUGUAGACUUCUCCAACGAAAGGUUCCUGACUCCAGAACAUGUCACUAGGAAGCUUCAGAGCAAAGAAAAUAUUUGAAAAUCAGGAUCCCUUAAUGCAGAGUUAUGUAGCCUGAUAUACUUAGAAUGAUACCUAAGGCCUCACUUGAAUGUAAAUACUUUUGCAACUCCUCAGGAGGAGAGAAUUUCUAGGACCUUAAUUUUCCAUAGCCUAAUUGUUACAGGUUCAUAGCAAAUACUAAAGUGAUUUUUAUUGUAUUUUCUACAUUAUUAUAUAUUAUAGUGAUUUUUCGGAUAUUAGAAAUAUGAUUCUACUUACUAGGAAAUAUGACUUUAGGUAUCAAGAUCCCUUUCAGCAUGUCAAGGGGUAAUCUUAUUGGUUGAUGCCAAUGAUGGAGUUCAAGCGCAAACUGUUGCUAAUUUUUACCUAGCAUUUGGUAAUGACUUGGUGAUCAUACCUGUUCUCAAUAAAAUUGACCUGAAAAAUGCUGAUCCAGAAAGAGUCUGCAAACAGUUACAUACCUUAUUUGAUAUAGAACCAAAUACUGUUUUAAAGAUAUCAGCCAAAAAGGGUAUAGGCAUAGAUGAAGUACUACAAGCAGUUGUAGAAAGAUUGCCUUUCCCUUCAGUAGAUAGAAAUGCUAAGUUCAGAGCCCUUUUAUUUGACAGUUCUUAUGAUAAGUAUAGAGGGGCACUAUCCCUAAUUUUUGUCAAAGAUGGAAGCAUUUCUGUCGGUGACAAUAUCUGUUCAGUUAGUAAUAAGAAAGAAUAUGAGGUUAGGACACUUGCUAUGUUAAGGCCAGAUGAAGUACCAGUAAAGAAACUGAUUGCAGGACAAAUAGGUUUGCUUGGUUGUAAUAUGAGGUCUAGCAAAGAGGCUCUUAUUGGUGAUACCAUACAUCACGUUGACGAGCAAGUUGAAAUACUGCCAGGAUUCCAGCCUUUAAGACCAAUGGUUUUUGCUGGAAUCUAUCCCAUGGAUCAGUCUCAACAUGUGAACCUAAGAAGUGCCAUAGAAAAACUAACUUUGAAUGAUUCAGCUGUUACAGUUGACGUUGACACUAGUCCAGCAUUGGGUCACGGAUGGAGGCUGGGCUUUUUAGGCUUACUACACAUGGAAGUGUUCAGCCAAAGAUUACAGCAAGAGCAUGGUGCUGAUGCAAUCAUGACAGCGCCUUCAGUCACGUAUAAAAUAAAACUAAAACCUACAAAGCAAAUCAUGAAAGAUGGAUCGGAUAUCAUAUAUGUUAAUAACCCUGCACACUGGCCAGAUCACGUGAAAAUUGAGGAAACUUUUGAACCAAUGGUCAAAGCUACGCUUAUAACUCCCGACGAAUAUCUGGGGUCGAUAAUUUCCCUGUGCAUGGAAAGAAGAGGUGUGCAAACUAAUGCAACCAAUAUUGACAAUAACAGAGUCAUGUUACAAUACGACCUUCCCUUAUGCGAAAUCGUCGUUGAUUUUCACGAUACUCUUAAAACCUUAUCGUCUGGUUAUGCCAGUUUUGAUUAUGAAGACAACGGAUAUCAGAGCAGCAGUCUGGUGAAGUUACAAAUCUUGCUGAAUGGUACGCCCGUCGAUGAACUGAGCAAUAUUGUACACAUAACAAAGUCGCAGACUGUUGGCAAGCAGAUGGUGCAUAGAUUAAAAGAUAUUAUUCCAAGACAAAUGGUACAUAUAGCGGUGCAAGCAGCGAUUGGCGGUAAAGUCUUAGCUAGAGAGAAUAUAAAGGCGUUUAGAAAGGAUGUGACUGCGAAACUGUAUGGAGGUGACGUCACAAGAAGAAUGAAACUUUUAGCUCAACAGGCGGCUGGAAAAAAGAAAAUGAGAAUGGUUGCAAAUAUAUCGUUACCAAGAGAAACCUUUAUUGAUGUUCUCAAGAAAUAACCUGCAUUUUAUACGCUCAUGUAAAUAAACUUUUUUGUUACCAAUGUGGAGUUUUUUUUCAAUAAAAUGUCCGCCUAUUAUUAAGACAUUAGGAGUUUGUGUUAUUGAAG